GAAUCCGCGGAGGGCUCAGCGUCCAUUGAGCGAAAUUGGCGUGUUGCAACCUUUUUGACAUUUGCAUGCUUGGGACGAAGAACAUUUCGACAAGUUUAAAAUCGCAUUGCAAUUCUUUCCACUUUCGCAUUUGCCCGGUUUCUCGUUACUCUUCCCCGCGGUCUAUCCUCCGAAUACCCCGGCAGCCAUGUCCGCAUCACGAUCCUUUGCGACCAGCUUGGCCAAACUUUCGGCCACGGCCUGCCGACGAACCCAGCCCUUCCUCAGCAGAGGUAGUAUUCUAUCACAGACCUCUUCUCGAAGUCGAUCAGCCAUUAUUCCUCGAGCUGCCCGCUUCUCCCCCGUAUCCCAGAGAGCGUUCACCACCUCGGCACAAAGGCGACACGGACAUGUUGAACCUCCGAAGCCGGGCGAAGAGCUCUGGAUUACCUUUAUCGAGAAGGAUGGUCAGGAACACAAGAUUGCUGUCUGUGAAGGAGACAACCUGCUAGAUAUUGCUCAAGCGCACGACCUGGAGAUGGAGGGCGCAUGCGGAGGCUCCUGCGCCUGCUCCACCUGCCACGUUAUCGUCCUUGAGGAUGAAUACUUCGACAAGAUGCCCGAGCCAGAGGAUGACGAGAACGACAUGCUGGAUCUUGCGUUUGGCCUCACUGAGACGAGUCGCCUGGGCUGCCAAGUACUCAUGACCAAGGAACUGGACGGCCUCCGGGUGAAGCUGCCCUCCAUGACGAGGAACCUGCAGGCGAGCGAUUUUCAAUAAAAUAUACAAAGGACAUGAUGAGAGCGGCGGGCUUGUUUUGAUAUGAGGACUUGUAUUUGUAUCUAUUACCCUGGGAAGAAAAGGACCGGCGAUGGCGGGGAUUCAGGUGCAUUAGGGGUAUCUUUGUUGCGACUUUCGUUGCGAGGGCCGGAAGAGGUCGGCCUGAUGAUUCUACUACUCCUCUUAAAGAAAAAAGAACAUUAACCUU